AUGUUAAUACCUACCUGCGUUAUAAAAUUCUUUGAAUUGAUGCUAGCGAUCGCAUGCCUAACGUUACACCACUACAGCUACGAUUUAACAGAUAUCCCGACGCUAAUGCUGUGCUCGGGUACUUAUGUGGGAUACGUUGUCGUUCUCUCUGGAGAAAUUGUCGGGGAGAUGAUUUUCGCGCCGCUGGACCUAGUGCAGGACAUGUAUUUCGGUAUACUCGGAGUCGGUCUGUACUCUGUGUGCGGUGGUCUGGUACUAGCCGCGAGGACCCACGACCCCUCCUAUCCCAGAACCGGAGACCCGACUGCGGCCCUGGUCUCCGCGUCCCUAGCAAUCGUCAACGCCCUCGUAAUGCUAUUCGAUCUGAGCCUAGCUUACCUGGAUUCAGAGGAAUACGACGAAGAGGCGAGCAUU